AUUUCUAUUUUUUCCGAGUCAUUUUCUCGAGGAGCGAACAGCCAAAAAAGUGCGAGAGCAGAACCCUUCGGACCAAGCUCCCAAGAUUCUAAUGGCGGCGACAAGAAAUCGAUUGCUUCGAUGUCUAGCUCACCGGGCUUGGACGGUCGGAGCGCGGCGGAGCUAUGGUGCUUUGCCGGAGGCAAACUCCAAACCGCCUUCGUCUUCUUCUCAGCGUUUGAUGGACUUGGAACACGAAUUCAGCGCCCACAAUUACCAUCCUGUUCCAGUUGUGUUUUCUCAAGCAAAAGGGUCAAGUAUACUGGACCCUGAGGGAAAGAGAUACAUCGACUUUCUUGCUGCUUACUCUGCAGUUAACCAGGGACAUUGCCACCCUAAGAUUAUGAAGGCAUUGCAAGAACAGGUGGAAAAGCUUACUUUGAGCUCAAGGGCCUUUUAUAAUGAUAAGUUCCCGAUAUUUGCGGAGCGUUUGACAAAUAUGUUUGGCUACGAGAUGGUGCUUCCCAUGAACACAGGCGCUGAAGGUGUGGAGACUGCUCUGAAAUUAGCAAGGAAAUGGGGUUACGAGAAGAAAAAUAUACCCAAAGAUGAGGCCAUAAUUGUCUCUUGUUGUGGCUGCUUUCACGGUCGUACAUUGGCUGUCAUCUCCAUGAGCUGUGACAAUGAUGCUACUCGUGGAUUUGGACCAUUGUUGCCUGGUAAUUUGAAGGUUGAUUUUGGCGAUGCUGCUGCCCUUGAGAAAAUCUUCAAGGAAAAAGGAGAAAAAAUAGCGGGAUUUCUUUUCGAACCUAUUCAAGGAGAAGCUGGAGUCAUAAUUCCGCCGGACGGUUACCUCAAAGCUGUUAGAGAACUCUGCUCGAAAUACAAUGUUCUGAUGAUAGCCGAUGAAAUACAAAGUGGGCUGGCGAGGUCAGGAAAAAUGCUUGCUUGUGACUGGGAGGAAGUUCGUCCCGACAUGGUGAUAUUGGGAAAGGCAUUGGGUGGAGGAGUGAUACCAGUGAGUGCAGUUCUUGCUGACAAAGACGUAAUGCUCCAUAUCCAACCCGGCCAGCACGGAAGCACAUUUGGUGGAAACCCUUUAGCAAGUGCUGUGGCUAUGGCCUCACUAGACGUCAUUCAAGACGAAAAACUCGUGGAGAGAUCGGAGAGUCUUGGGCAGGAAUUGAGGGGCCAACUGAGGGAAAUCCAGAAAGAGUUUCCACAGUACAUAGAGGAAGUUCGUGGAAGAGGACUGUUCAACGCGGUGGAGUUCAACAGUGAAACCUUAUCUCCGGUAUCGGCUUACGACAUCUGCCUAAGCUUGAAGGAAAGAGGAGUUCUCGCUAAGCCAACUCACAACACCAUCGUCCGAUUAACUCCACCACUCUCCAUAAGCUCGGAUGAGCUCCGACAAGGCUCCAAGGCUCUACAUGAUGUUCUUGAAGUUGAUCUGCCAAAUCUUCAGAAGAUUAACGCCGGGAGAAGAAGCCCUUCUUCCCAUCCCAAUGUAUGCGAUCGUUGCGGGAGAAACCUCUACGCUUAAUGCAUUUCUUCCACACAAAAAAAAAACUCUGUACGAUCCCAUACUCUAUUCCUCACCAUCUCUCUCUCUCUCUCUCUCUCUCUCUCUCUCUCUCUCUCUCUCUCUCUCUCUCUCUCCAACGUUGCAUUCAUAAUAACGUACACUUGCGCUCUUUUAUUAGCAUAUUUAUUAUCAUAUUUUAUAUAUUCCGAUUUAA